GCCUCCGAAAUUCACCACAUUUGUUAACUGUUUAGCGCUGGGCAAUCGCCAAAAUACAGCACGUACAGCUCUAGCAUCAUGAACUACUUAAAAGUUAUCAACCUUCUUGAGCAAUGAGAAAGGGAUAAGAGUAUUCUUUGGACGAAUCAUGCGAUGUCUUAAAUUCGGUAAACAUCAAUCUGAAGAUAAAUUGAUGGAACUCUAUACUGCGACGUUUCAUUUAUUUUAUGUUUAAUGAAAAUAUAACAGUAUUCAUAAGGAUCUGCGUCAUUCUUUAUACUCGAGGAGUGUCGGUCAAUAUCGGAGUAGAGAGAACAUCAAAUUUCAAUAAAUAUUCCAUCAUCUCUAGUUUCGUGCUUGUAGUAGACUAGCAGAGACAUUUUGAAAGAAUGAAAACAGUUACCAUGGAUAUGAGAAUGCACUGGAUAUGCUCCCUGUUAAUUCUCAUUUGUGGACUUCUUGGAGGAAACUAUUAUGCUUCAGCCCAAGUCUGCACGUCAAUCCCACUGAGUGACCCGACCCGUGUUGUAGCCACGCCCCCUCUGAACGGACCAAACUACGCUUAUUUUGAAUUGGUUACAUUGUCGUGUAAUUCCUCGGGAGAGUACACCUUCACCGGGAAUGAUUAUACAUACUGUGAAGGCAAUAAUCAAUGGAAUCCCGACCCAUCAACAGUCAUAUGCUACGAAAAAUGCGCAGAUAACCUACUUCCAGCCAGUGUCAUCCAAGUCGACGCUGAUGGUGCCACGAAGAGUUAUUACGAGCACGGAGAAUACAUUUAUUUAUCGUGCCCUGGUAGUCAGAAUCUGAUUGGUCCAAAUAGGGUCACGUGUUUAGAUGGCUCCAUCGGUGAUGUCACGGUUUUGUGUGAAGGAGGAACAACUACGAUUGUGUACACGACCACACACGCUACAACUACAAGUAUGCCCUCAACGACUGCCCAACAGGAUCGAACAACGUUGGAUUUUCAGACGAUAUUCAAUACCGCAACGGGUGCUACCACACCUGACAAUGACAGCUUCUCCACUCAACAGCCUGGAGAAGCCACGGAGGCACAAACGAAUCCAUUGACAUCCAUAGAAUAUAUUACCUCAGCCGACGUCACCACAGUUGAGAUAUCGACGAUGAUUCCCACUGAUCUAUCUGCAACCACUGUACAACAGUCUACAUCAAGAACUCUUACAGAAAACAUUACAGAAGCAACAGAGGCGCUAACAGAUAUACCAACAUCAACGUCUGCGAGUACGGAUGUGUAUGAAGGAACGACGUUCCAGACGGUGUUUUCAACAGACUUUACAGGAGGCACGAUGAAAACAGAUUCACCUGUGACAGCGACGACGCCAGGAUCCAGCGACGGAGCGACAGAGGCAGUCACCGAGGAAACCGUAACAUUCUCAACGUCUGUGCUGGCCACUGAUGUGGACAUAGGAACAACAAUCCAGACAGAAUUCAUCACAGAUCUUCCAGAAAGGACUUCGGCAACUGAUUAUUCAGUGACAGAUUUCACAACAGAGGUCGUAACGGAAGUUGCAACAGAGUUCGCAACAGAGACAGAUACCUACCCAGCAACCACGAUGCAGGAAACCGAAACAACUCCAUUCACAGAGUUACCGCAAACGGACGGUAACAUCGUUACCACAUUAACCACCGGCGUUUCUGUGACUGAUGACGAUGUGACAACUUCACCCAUAGAAGCCACUGAAGUGGUGUCAACUUUAAUUACAGUAACGGAAGUAGUAACAGAAAUGGAUGACCUUACUUCCACCAUGACAACAGCUCCACUUGGCACUGAUAUGACAACCAUGAUGUACGAUCCGUGUGUGGGGUUUUGCGACCCAGACCGAGAGCGCUGCGUUGUAGGACUGGAUGGACCAGAAUGCGAGUGCCUUCCAGGAUUCUAUAGGAUUACCGAGGACCGUUCAGAGACAGACGUCCAGUGCACAGAGGCAAUCCUAUUCGAGGUCGACGCACGUAUCACAGAAAUUGACGGUCAAACUGUCGAGUUUAGCGAAGAUUUGAACAACAGCUCCAGUCCUCGAUUCAUCUAUUUGGACAAUCUAAUAUGCACUGCGGCGUCGUCCAUCCAGGAUUCUCUCUCCGACUUCCUCGCCUGUCAGGUUACUUCAUUCUCUAAUGGCAGCAUCAUCGCCGCAAUCGAACUCUACUUCGACGAGCUGAGCAAUGCCACGGAGGUUGAGGUAUUCAACGAGACUGUAGCGGUUUUUGAGGAGAACAACAUCACGGCUGAAGUCACCAGAGUGGAAUUAAUGAUACCUUCCAUAUCAACGACUGCGCCCGCAACUACCAAAACACAAGCAUCAACCGCUACAGCAACAGCAACGGCAACAACAGAUCAUGAUACAACUGACAGGAUCACUCUAACGACUAGGACAACACCAUCAAGAGGUACAGAAGGGGCAACACAAGGGACGAAAUCUUCAACAACUCAGUUUGCAACGACUGCUCAACCAACCAAUAGUAUCACGAAUACAACACUCAUAGUCCUGUACGUCUUGAUUCCCGUUCUCGCCGUCAUCCUCCUGAUCGCCAUCGGAGUCAUUCUCUACCAGAACAAGAAAGUAUCGGACCUAUACGGGGUCCACAACCCAAGAGGCAAGAAACCAAAGGAACCGAAGAAUGAUAAGAAGUCUAAGGGCUCCAAAAAGGAAAUGAAUACCUACGUUAAUACAGCGUUCUAUGACGGAAUAAAGACCAGCGCAGACAAGGCAACUCAAACUCCGAAACCACAGCCUUCGGAUGACGAUCGUCCCGACAGCGGCGUAGUCGUGUCUGAGGACGUCGACCACAUGGUGUAUCCUUUCCCCUGGAACGAACCAGAUCGACACGAGGACGUCGAUGACGCCAAGGUGAUCUACGCGAAGGUCGAUCGAAAAGCCGUAAAAGAUGUUACGCAUAAAAAUCCACCAGUUGUUGUCGAGAUCGAAUUGAAACCUGUAGCGGUAGAGGAAUCUCAAAGCGCGCCAAUCGACUGGGCCGCGGUAGACCCCGAGCACGACGCGAUAGAGAGAGAAACGUCAGUCAGCGAAGCGGUUACAAUAGAGUCAGACCAUAAUGACGCUGACGAUCAGGCGGAUACUGAAUCGCUCGAAAUGAACAAUACGGGCUCGCAAACCGAGGUCGAUGAUCAGGAUGAAGAACCCAACUAUAUAGCGAUAGGAGGUUUUGAACUCAACGAAACGUCUUCCAACCAGGAAUCGACGUCGAAAGAGGACGAGAGUAUUAAACUCGACUCCAUUAGUUUAGAAUUAACGUCAACGAUGGAAAGUGAAUUGGACAGGAGGUUCAGCUAUCCGAGUUCUCCUUGUUGACCUUUGAACCCUUAAUCCCAGUAUGCUUUUCCGUUUUCA